AUGUCGAUGGCUUUGAGAUUUGCUCGCCCAGCUGCUAGAGCCUUACCAAGAUACUCUAACAUUGCUGCUAUCAACUUUGCUCGUGCUUACGCCGGUAAGUCAUGGCCUGCUCACACUGUCAUUCAAAUGCCUGCCUUGUCCCCAACUAUGGAACAAGGUGGUUUGGCAGUUUGGAGCAAGAAGAUUGGUGACAGAUUGGAACCAGGUGAAGUUAUCGCUGAAGUCGAAACCGACAAGGCUCAAAUGGACUUUGAAUUCCAAGAAGAAGGUUACUUGGCCAAGGUUUUGGUCGAAGACGGUACCAAGGACCUCCCAGUCGGUACCCCAAUCGGUGUUUACGUUGAAAAUGCUGACGAUGUUGCUGCAUUUGCCGAUUUCACUGCCGCUGACGCUGGUGCUGCCCCAGCCGCUGCCCCAGCCGCCAAGGAAGAAGCUGCUCCAGCCCCAGCCGCCGCUGCUACUCCAGCCCCAGCCGCCACCAAGGCUGCUGUUGCUACCAAGUCUAGUGCCCCUGCUGGCAGAAUCUUUGCUUCUCCAUUGGCCAAGACAAUUGCUUUGGAAAAGGGUAUUUCUUUGAAGAACAUCACCGGUACCGGUCCACGCGGUAGAAUUACUGCCAAGGACGUCGAAAGCUACGUUCCAGCCGCUGCCCCAGCCCCAGCUGCUACUAAGGCCGCUGCCCCAGCUGUUCCAUCCGCCGGUGUUUAUGAAGAUAUUCCAAUCUCUUCUAUGAGAAAGACCAUCGCCAAGAGACUUACCUCUUCUGUUCAAACUUCCCCAAGUUACAUUGUCUCCUCCAAUAUGUCUGUCUCUAAGCUUCUUAAACUUAGAGCUUCUUUGAACGGUGCCUCUAACGGUGAAUACAAAUUGUCCAUCAACGACAUUCUUAUCAAGGCCAUCGCCAAGGCUGCCCAAAAAGUCCCACAAGUUAACUCAUACUGGUUGGAAGACCAAGGUGUUAUUCGUCAAUUUGCCAAUGUUGACGUUUCCGUUGCCGUUGCCACCCCAACCGGUUUGAUCACCCCAGUUGUCAAGGAAGCCCACUCCAAGGGUUUGGCCACCAUUUCCAAGGAAAUCAAAGACUUGGGUAAGCGUGCCAAGAUUGGUAAAUUGACUCCAGAAGAAUACCAAGGUGGUACCAUUACCAUCAGUAACUUGGGCAUGAACCCAGCCGUGAACAUGUUCACUUCUAUCAUUAACCCACCACAAAGUGCCAUCAUUGCCAUCAGUACCCUUGACAAGAAGGUUGUUCUCGACAACAGCAGCGAAAAGGGUUUCGCUUUCGAAGACACUUUGACCAUCACUGGUACUUUUGACCACAGAGUCAUUGACGGUGCCGUUGGUGGUGAAUUCAUCAAGGCGUUGAAGGAGACUAUUGAAAACCCAUUGAGUUUGUUGCUUUAA